UCAAGAUUUUUGUACUUUUGAUUGGCAUUUUGUCGAUGAGAGCCCUGGUUUAAACUUUCAUUAUUUUUUGUUUUGCAACUUGCAUCAAUAACCACCCUAAUUUUAUCUUUUUCUGGUCUAUAAAUGGCAUGAUGCGGAAUAUAAUGUAUUUUUUCAGAAUUAUCAUUUUCAACAAUUUCGAGCACUCCCUCAUUUAAUUGCUCUUUGAAUAUUUCGUCAUAUUUUUUAAGUGUUUUUUCUCUCAAUUCUUUAUCUGGGAUUUUUAUAAUUUUUUGCCAGAUGCCCUUUAAACGUUGGAAUGAAAUCCAAAAAUUAUCGGGAAGUGUAUACUCUUUAUUUUUCCAGGGUAGAGCAACUUUAUAACGGCCCAUCUUGUCACGCCUUAUAUUUUUCAAAAAAAGUUCGUAGGCGAUUUUAUCGUCAUUUUGGUAUGGGCAUUCACUUAUUCCUAUCCCCUCAAGAUUCCAAAAAUUUUCAAUAGUUUCAUCCGAAAAUAAUGUAUUCAU